AUGGACUUCUUCUUAGAGGCAUCCAUGCUGGGGGGGUGGGACGGCGUGGCCUUACGGCUCGUGGGAGCUGCCGCGCUGGCGGCAGGGCUCCACGCUUGGCGCCAGCAGCCGUUGCUGGCAGAGGAGGCGGCACCUCAGGAAGCCGCUGCCGUCCAGGCAGUCACUGUCGCGGGGCAGGAUGGACCGGCUGGCGUCCCGCAUGCCACAGUAGCCGCGGCACCCGCCGCCGGCCCCAAACAGGAGCAGCAGGAGCAGCAGCAGGAGGAUGAAGAGGGGGCAGAACAGCCCUCGACUAGCAGCCCGGUGCCACCUAGCAGCGAGCCCAGCCUGGCUGCAGUGUCCAGCACGGGCGCUGAACAACAACCAGCAGGAGAUGGCGCUGUUCCCAGCAGCAGUGCAAGUGCGGCAAUGGCCUCGCCCGCGGCAGCCGCACCGCCGGCAGCUCAGCCUGCCAUUGGCACUAGCAAUCCGCCUGAGCAGCCACGGGCGCAACUGCAGCAGCUGGAGCAGGCGGCUGCGGCACCGCAGGCAGAUGGCCCGCCUGCCAGCUUUGACCCCGCUGAUGUCCACCCUGCAGCCCUGGGCUCGCCCUUUGUGCCGCCCUUGCUGGCCCCGGCGCAGCUCGGCGGCGCCGACAACCUGGCAGCAGCAGCUUCGGUAGGCAACACGCUGCCGCCCACCAUCCCUCUGUUCUCCUCGUUUGUCCCGCCACCAGCGUCGGGGGCUUCCGAGGCAGGAGCUGCAGCCCACGUGCAGCUGCCCCCAGCACCGGGCGCACCCGCUGCAGCGCCAGCGAGCCCCAGCAGCGAUGGCGGCGUCAGCGGGGACGGCCCCGGCAGCAGCGGCAGCCAACCCCGCCACCGCCGCAGGCGCUCGCUCCUGUCGGAGGGCCAGCAUGGAUCGCAGCAGACGUCGGGGGAACUAGAGCAGGAGCAGCUUGAUCAGGAGCAGGCGCUGCUAGAGGGGCAGCGCCAGCUGCGGGCCGAUGUGGCGGCCCAGUCUGGCCCCGCUGAGUCUGCAGCUUCCUCGGUGCCAGCUGCAGGGUUCACGCCUGGCCGCCCCGAGUUGCGAGUGGAGCUGCCAUAUGAGGCUGAGUCCCUGGGGCAGCAGCAGCCUGCUGGUUUUGGGGACGCUGCGGGGCUUUACUCCCCGCAGCUCGGCCAGCAGCAGCAGCAGGAGCAGGAGCAGGAGCAGGAGCAGGCUGCCUUGUUCCAGUUCCAGACGCCGCCGCAGCACCAGGGCGCGCCGGGCAGCCGUAGCGUCACGCCGCUGGGCUUCCAGCAGCAGCAGCAGGCAGACGCCGAGGCGGCGGCAGCGGCGGCGGCCGCGGCGGCGGCCUGGGGCACGCAGCAGCAGCAGCAGCAGGCGGCGCCCGGCGGAACAAUGCCAGACUCGGUGGCAGCCGCGCUGCAGCGAGCCGUGCACCUAGCAGCCUCUGGCACCGCCUACCCUGGCAGCAGCGCCGGAGGAGCAGGAGGGCCCCUGCCUGGCCCGCCACCCGGCGCCAGCUCCGCGGGCUUCCCAGGCGGCGUCAGCCUGCGCACCGCCCUCAGCGGCGGCACGUUCCGCAGCGGCAGCGGCCCGCUGAGCUACCCGGGCCAGGCCCCCGGCUUUGCCCACCUGCAGCAGCAGCCGCACGGGCACGGCUUCCAGGGCGGCGGCGGCGGCGGCGACAGCGCCUGGGGCGACCUGGGCGGCGGCUUCAGCAUGCUGGCUGAGCGCAGCAUGACGUCACGCAGCGACAGGCACCUUCCCAGGUUGUCUGAGGAGGUGGAGGGCAUGCGCAGCAGCGUGGACGUGGAUGUGCCUCUGGCCUGCAAGCUGGAUGUGGUGGCGGGGCCGUGCACCAACCGCGGCUACACCAACACAGAGGAUGUGCUGGAGAUCAUCAUCGGGCGCAACCAGGGCACCAACAUGCAGCUGAACGACGGCGAGAUCUCGGGGCAGCACGCGGCGGUGCGGUGGAGCAGCGUGGACAAGUGCUGGAAGGUGGCCGACCUGGGCUCGCUCAACGGCACGCUGCUCAACGGCGAGCCGAUCAGCGUGGCGGGGCGCAAGCGCGGGCGUGACUACCGCCUGUCCACAGACGACAUCCUGCAGCUGGGCAGCUUCACCAAGAUCAAGGUGUCCACCUUCCCGCGGGACCUGCUGGAUCCCAUGCAGUCCCGCUGCGGCAGCCUGCCGGUCGGCUCCAUGCCCAAGAGCCUCACCAUGCCCAAGCACAGGAUCCCCAGCUUCUCCUCCCUGCUCUCGCCCAAGAUCACCAACACCCCCAGUAAGAAGGCGACGGUGGCGGCUGCCAGCGACGAGCUCCGCCUCGAGUGCUGCAUCAUCAGCCGCACGGGGCGCGACCACCAGCGCAAGGGGCAGACCUGCGAGGAUGUGGCUUGCGCCGAGUGCCCGCUGCACGGCUGCGAGGCCGCCCUGGGAUCCGCGCACCCUGCCGCGCUCUUUUGUGUGUUUGACGGCCACUGCGGGCGCGGCGCCGCCGACGCCGCCAGCGUGGCGCUGCCGGACGAGGUUGCCACACACCUGGAGGGCGUGCGCCACGAGCUGCUGGCGGCCGCCGGGGCGGCGGAGAUGCUGCGCCGCGCCUUCCUGGCCACCGACGAGGCGAUCAGCGCGGAGGAGGGGUGCACGGCCACCGCGGUGCUCAUGUGGCGCGACGGCGAGGGCGCGGUGUGCCUGCAGGCCGCCAACGUGGGCGACUCUGCCGCGCUCUUCAUCGACCCCGACACCCAGCACGCCACCGAGCUGACGGAGGACCACCGGCUGACCAACCCGCGCGAGCGGCAGCGCCUGCAGGACAUGGGGAUCCAGCUGGCCAGCAACGCGCGGCGCCUGUACGGGCUCAACCUGUGCCGGGGCCUGGGCGACAAGUUCCUGAAAGACGAGGACCUGGGCCUGUCGGCGGAGCCCCACGUCAGCCCCGUGGUGCGCCUGUCGGAGCAGCAGGGCGGCAUCCUGCUGAUCGCGUCAGACGGGCUGUGGGAUGUGGCGGAUGCAGAGGCCGUCACACAGGCCAUCUGCCAGGCAGACAGGGAGAAGGAUGGCAAUGUGCUGGAGACCACCAACGCAGUCAUCGCGCACGCCCUGAAGCAGCGCACCAAGGACGAUGUGACGGCGCUGGUGGUGCGCGUGUGGCCGGCUAGCGAGUGGGAGCUGCGCUCCCCCACCAAGAACCUUGACGAUGGCGAGGCGGCGGCGUUUGUGAGCUAA